GAUUGGGUGGCUCUCCUCCGCUUGCAACCUACCUGAAGCUGGGCUUCUCUGGGCUUGAGCUCGUUUCGAACUCGACCAUCGCAAAAUCCACAAUAAAAGGCGAGGCAGAGUCGAAAAAUUUAGGUCAAAAGAAGGAAAGGGAAAAACGAUAGCCCCUCGCCGCCGCCGCCGCCGCCGCCGCCGCCGCGCACUACGAAUCCGCGCGCGCCCUUGCCGGAGACUAGGUAUUGCCCCAGAUCUGCCGCAGCGAUGUCUGGAACCGCGGCCCCACGGUACGCGCCGGACGACCCUACGGUGCCCAAGCCGUGGCGCGGGCUGGUGGACGGCACCACCGGCUACCUCUACUACUGGAAUCCGGAGACCAACGUCACUCAGUACGAGAAGCCCGUGCCGCCGGAAGCUCAGCUCCCGCCGCCCCCGCCGCUCCCGCCGCCGCCUCCGCGCGCCCGCGGCCGGGAUCGUCGAGACCGUUCCCGAUCUCGCUCCCGCUCCCGCUCCCGUUCUCGCACACCGCCUCGGCGCGACCACCGCGACCGCGACCGGCGCCGCCACGACGAACAUGACUCGUUCAAAUCGGCGUCUUCCCAUCACCAUCUUCCUCCGGCUGCCACCGGCAUCCCUACCGCAUCAGCUGAUGAUCCAUCAGCCGAAGCAUACCGCCGUCGCCAUGAGAUCACAGUCAUCGGGGAUAACGUGCCGGCUCCCAUAACUGAGUUUGACUCUGGUGUCAUCCCGCUGGAUAUACUCAAGGAGAUACAACGUGCCGGAUUCCCGAGUCCGACACCUAUCCAAGCCCAGUCGUGGCCAAUUGCCUUGCUCAAUCAAGAUGUUGUAGCUAUUGCCAAGACAGGAUCUGGAAAAACUCUUGGGUAUUUGCUUCCUGGGUUUAUGCAUAUAAAGCGUAUGCAGAACAGCACAAGGUCUGGCCCAACAGUGUUGGUUUUGGCACCUACUAGAGAGCUCGCAACACAGAUUUUGGAAGAAGCUGUGAAAUUUGGCAGAUCAUCAAGAAUUUCUUCUACGUGCCUUUAUGGUGGUGCUCCUAAAGGGCCACAGUUAAGAGAUUUGGAAAGAGGGGUUGAUGUUGUUGUUGCAACACCUGGAAGGUUGAACGACAUUCUAGAAAUGCGGAAAAUAAGCCUAAAGCAGGUCUCGUACCUUGUUCUAGACGAAGCUGACCGCAUGCUAGACAUGGGGUUUGAACCACAAAUACGAAAAAUAGUAAGAGACAUACCUUCUGGUCGGCAAACUCUGAUGUACACUGCUACUUGGCCCAAGGAAGUCCGAAGAAUUGCAGAUGAGCUUCUUGUUCACCCUGUCCAGGUGACCAUUGGAAGUGUGGAUGAACUUGUUGCUAAUAAAGCUAUUACUCAGCAUGUGGAGGUUAUCACUCCCUCAGAAAAGCUUCGGCGUCUGGAGCAAAUAUUGCGAUCCCAUGAUUCAGGUUCCAAGAUACUAAUAUUCUGUACCACCAAGAGAAUGUGCGACCAACUAUCAAGGACACUCAAUAGGCAAUUUGGAGCAGCUGCCAUUCAUGGUGACAAGUCUCAAAAUGAAAGAGAGAAGGUCCUGAGUCAAUUUAGAUCUGGACGAGCUCCUAUUUUGGUGGCUACAGAUGUUGCGGCACGAGGUUUGGACAUCAAAGAUAUCAGGGUUGUGAUCAACUAUGACUUCCCCACUGGUGUUGAGGACUAUGUUCACAGGAUUGGCAGGACGGGAAGGGCCGGUGCCACUGGUUUGGCCUAUACAUUUUUGUGUGAUCAGGAUUCAAAAUAUGCUUCCGACCUAAUUAAAAUCCUGGAAGGGGCAGACCAAGAUGUUCCUCCUGAACUGUUGGACAUGGUAUCUCGGGGUGGGCGUGGUAGGAAGCGUAACAAAUGGGCAGCUCGCUCUGAGAGGGGUGUUGGUUCAUGCUCUGAACUGGAUUCAAGGUAUGGUGGCAGGUUAGAGAGUAGUCGCGGUGGCCAUGGAAAGGAUGAUUAUGGUGGCCGUAGCAGGCAUGAUCAUGGUGGGUCUCGCAGGUCUGGUAGAGGUCGCAGCAGAAGCCGUAGCAGGAGUGACAGUGAUAGCCGCAGCCCAAGCCCCAAGAGACGGCGCCAUGAUGUGCUGGCUAGCCGUAGCAGGACUAGAAGUCGGAGCCGAAGCAGGAGCAGGAACAAGAGCAGAAGCAGAAGCAGGAACAGGAGCAGGAACAAGAGCAGAAGCAGGAGCAGGAGUUACACCAGGAAUCGCCGUGCUAGCCGUAGCAGGAGUCGUAGCCCUGGCGCUAGACGCAGGGCUGAAAGAAGAGCUGGCUCUGGGUCUACACGUCCUGACUCUGUCCUCCCAGUGGAGAAAAAAAGCUCACCCAGUGUUGACCCUUCAAAUGACCACAGGAGGGGUAGUGUUGACCCUUCAAAUGACUAUCAGGUGGAGGAUGGGAAGAUAGGAAAGGUUGAUCUGGAUCGGUCGCCCAGUCCGCAGGAGCAGGAUGACAAGUCUGCUCCAUAUAGUCCUGUGUAUAAUGGCGAAGGAGGCAGGGGGUCAAUGAGCCCUAAUGUUGAGCCAGUGGUGGAUGCUAAACCCGUGGAAGUCUCUGUGAGCAGCACGAAGAGGGAGGAUCAAGAGGAAGGUAUGAUAGAUGAAGAGGGAGAGGAGGGUAUGAUAGCCGAUGAUGAUCCUCGCCCAAGUGCAGCUGUGCAGAACGGUGAUGAUAAGUGAUAAACGCUUUGAACGAUGAAUGAAGGGAGUCUGCUCCCUGUAAGCAGCAGCAUAUGCUAUUCUACAAACAAUCCAUGUUAGACUUCUAAGUACGAAUGUGCUGUUGUUUUUAUGUAACAUUGAACUUUCAUUUGCUGUUUGUUAUGAACCAGAGACCAAGAUCGUUGUUUGUUA